AUGGACUUCAAAGCUGCAUUACGGCGCCUGAAGAGUGUCUUUAAGAGCAACGACACGCUUAUCGACAUGGACCUGUUCUUCGAUAAGUUGGCAGAGAAGGACCUCAUCUAGUUGAAGAAGGAAGACGGGAAUCAAGAACCAGAGGGUGCAACGGUUUCCAGUACAACACCUCUAACUCCUCCCCCUCAGAAAAAGGUGCGCAUUGAGAAGGCGAACGUGGCAAGUGAACCAUGUUGGCCACCAAAAUGCAGCAGCAAUCUUCAGACAGAAGUGGGUCCAGAUGAUGCAUCCCAGCCUGAUGCAGAGACUCGGUGUAAAUGCGAUUUUUCCUGUGACCUCGAUCGAGUCGCUUCACCAACCGUGUGCAAGAUUGAAGUUGGAUUAGAUAUCCGAACUUACCUCCAGAGGAAUCCAGAGCCGACGUUCCACGAAAUUCUGGGCAUUCUUCGAGACAUGCGAAGAGACGAUAUCAUUGCAAGGCUUCAGGAGGCACCCGGGUCAGCCAUAAUCUCAACUCCAUACUUUCUCUAGUUGAAGAAGGAAGACGGGAAUCAAGAACCAGAGGGUGCAACGGUUUCCUGUACAACACCUCUAACUCCUCCCCCUCAGAAAAAGGUGCGCAUUGGGAAGGCGAACGUGGCAAGUGAACCAUGUUGGCCACCAAAAUGCAGCAGCAAUCUUCAGGCAGAAGUGCGUCCAGAUGAUGCAUCCCAACCUGAUGCAGAGACUCGGUUCUAUAGCAAUUCCUAUGAACAGGACAGGUGUAAAUGCGAUUUUUCCUGUGACCUCGAUCGAGUCGCUUCUCCAACCGUGUGCAAGAUGGAAGUUGGAUUAGAUAUCCGAACUUACCUCCAGGAAGAGGACUUCAAUGUCCUCAUCAAUCAGGCAAAAGAGGAGAAUCAGCAUCCUAUGGGCGAGGAUCCAGAACUACCACAGGAGUAUGUAGCAGUUGCUACGUGGCCUACAUGGGAUGAGGGAGCGAAAAGAAUUGGAGAGGAAGCCGUGGAGAGGGGAGGUAUCCUGGAUUCUAGCACUGGCGCCAUCUCAUCUGUGACAUGGGAAGUCCUCAAUGAAAAUGAGGAUUUCCCUCUGCUUUCAUCCGUGACCCCUUUCGUCGAUUGGGGAUACGAGUAG